AUGUCAAAUAAAUCGUUAGAAUCGACAAUAUCUUCUUCAUUAUCAUCGAGAGAAUUACUUUUAUUAUAUGAACAAGAAUUGGCUCAUAUUGAAACAACUUCAUUUCAACCAACAUUUCACAAUCAUUAUUUAAAAUUAAAAUUAAAUUUAACAUCAAUAGCAAAAGAACAUUCCGAUUAUUUUAAAAAUUAUUCAAUAAAGAAAAAUUCUCUUCUUAAAAUAACUUGUUUACAAAGUCCUACGAAGACAAAUGAUUUUCAUUCAAUUUGUGAUAUUUAUUUAACUUUUCAAGUGAAAAUAUUAAAUUUAAAAAAAGUACAAUUAACUUUGUUGUCAAAAAAUACAACUUGUUCCAUAUUGUUAACAAAUACAUCUGACAUAAUUCUUCUCAAUGUUCAACAAGUGUUUUCAGUCAAUGACAUAUUUCGUUUUACUUAUCAAUGGUCUGAUUUUAAUAAUAAAACAGAAAUAUUUUGGCGUUUAUGGCCUUUAAAUACCACAUGUUUAACAUCUCUCCAAUGCUCUUUUACUAAUAUUUUAACACAUUCAACAUCAAAAGAAUUAUUUCUUAAAGAACAAAAUGCUAUUUCAACUUGGCUUGAUUUACAAUAUCAAACAUUUAUUAAUCAAAAAUUAUCAAAACAAGUCAAUAAUAGUAGAAAUUUAGUUCCAUUUGAAAUAGCAAAAAAUCCAAGUGUUUGUUCAAGACAAUUUCAAAAUUGGAUUUUAGAUUAUGAAAAAUGGCAUGAAAAUAUAAGUUAUAAUAUUAAUAAUGGAUUAAUGACAAUAGAAGAACAACGUAAUCGUAUAAUUGAACUUGAUGUUCGUUUUUUAAUAUAUGAAAAACUUGGUACAGGCAUUGCUGAUCGAAUAAUUCAUUUGAUGUCAACAUAUUUAGUAGCAUUAUUAACAAAAAGAUUAUUUAUAUUUGAUAAACAUUGGCCUGAAUUUACUUCGAUUAUGCAAUCAAGUUUAAAUUAUGAACAAAAAUUAAUCAUACCAUGGGUUGAACAU